UCCGGAUCGGAGACAGAGUCCGAUAACAACUCGCCGUCAGCUUCCGACUUCACCGUCAAGCCGAUCGUCUCCAAGCCCGCGAACGACGCCGUUGUUCCCAGCAAGAAGACUGCUUCGGCGAAGCCUGCGGCGGCGCCCAAUUCUGGGUCGAAGCGGCCGGCCGAGACCGAGCCCAACCCGAAAAACUCCAAGAAGAAGAAGGUCGGCGUCGACGAUGAGGAAUUGAAAAAGGGGCAGCGGCUUUGGAGCGAGGACGAUGAGAUUACGAUCCUGAAGGGCAUUAUAGAGUUCGAAAGUAAGAAGGGUGUGGCGGCGAAUUCGAAUGUUGCCCGAUUCCUCGAGUUCAUCACGAAGGAUUUGCAGGUCGAUUUGAGCACGGACCAAUUGGUUGAGAAAUUGACUGAUAAGAUCAGGAGGUUGAAGAAGAAGCACCAGGCUGGCGAGGAUGGGGAGGACUCGGUGUUUUCCAAGCCUCAUGAGCUCAAGUGCCUUGAUCUGUGGAAGAAGAUUUGGGGUUCUGAGGGUAACGGGAUUGAUAGCAAUGCGAAGGGCGGCAAGAGGAAGCCUCCGAGGAAGAAUAAUAAGGUUAACAAUGAUAUGGUUCUGGCCUUGCCAGUUUCAGAAGUGACUGUGAAGAAAGAGGUACAGAAGAAUGUGGGUAAUGGAGGAGUUAAGGCCGACCCAGAUGACUUUUGGUCUAAGUAUCCCUGCCUGAAUGGUUCUUUGAGGACAGGUAAUUGUGCACAGAGUUCGGAUUUAACGAGACUUGUGAUUGAGAAGAUGCCUUCUUUGAUUGGGAGUUCCAAGGCUAAAGAGCUGGAGGAGAGGUGGAGGGCGUUGCAGCUUAUUGAAAUGGAUUUGUCUGUCAAGAAGCUUGAUUUGAUGCAGGAGCAGACUAAACUUGUAUUGGAUUUGAUGAAGUCUUCGAAGGAUUAGAGGUUAGCUUGGAGCUAUUUCAUGGUUUUUCCUGGAUUUUAUGUUAAUAUUGUGAGUCGAAACUUAGUGGUCUAGGUUUUCUUAGAUAGAACCUGUUCUGCUUGAUCCAUGGAGGUUCUCAAAUUUUGGUAAAGACUAAUGUUUUGCUAUAUACAUGUGUCACAUGGAGAUCAUUUUAAUAUAAUAUUAAGUAAUUUUGUUUAUGGCA